UAUCACACGAUGAUACCGUUUUGCGCCAGAGACAUAUUACUUAUAAAAGUAGUUGGUGUUGGUGUAGGUACUUACUGGUUGCAAUAGCUUGUGUCAACUUCCCAUAAAGAAUUUAUAAAAUAUAAUAUUAUACAUAAUAAUUAUAAUUAUAAUUAUUACACUCGCGAUGACGACGACGACAUCGAUAACUACGUUAUUCGGUUGUAUUUUGCUUCAUUUAUUUGUUUUAACAUCGACCGCCCCCGUAAGAUCGACAGAUGAUAAUUCAGAUUUGCCAUUCGAGUUCAACUUCAAAAACGGAUCCGUGGUUACCGAAGAUAACGUACUCACCCAAUCGGUUUCAAGUGAUGGGCAAAAUGUACUUAAAACAAAUGACCCACAGCCAAUAAAGAAAUAUCAAAAGGUUAACAAAAGUUCUAAAUCGUCUACAAAUCAGAAUCCAAAUAAAAAACAACAUGCAAAUAAUUAUAAAGCAGCGAACAGUGCAGUAGAGUAUCCUGCUAGUCAUACGAGUACAUCGUAUUAUAGCACUUUCCCCCCAACGAUGAACAAUCAAUGGGAUUUUUUCGAAAAUUUUAGCAAGUAUAUUCCUGGAUUGUCUGGUAUAAGAAUUCAAUACAUUUAAAAACAUACAAUGGUGCACUUUUAUCAAAAUUUAUGAAAAUAUUCAUCUAAGAAAAUAACAGAUAAUCGAAUUACAAUUAAGUAUUAAAUAUAGUAAAUACCAUUAUAUUAUAAAUUAAUGAUAUCUAUAUUUAUAUAGAAAAUAUACCCAUUAACUAUUUCA